AUGAGCACGAAGCCGUACAACCCCAAGGUGCUCGUCGAGUGGUGCCCGUACGACAGCGCGCUCUUCGCGGCCGGCGCCGACUCGCUGAGCCUCUACGAGUGCCAGACGCAGCGCGAGAUGGCGGGCAACAAUGGCAUGGACCUCAUGGGCGUCGACGUGGAUGCGAUGCUGCACGGCCUCCCGCCUGUCACGACCGCCCGCCGCAAGAAGGAUAUCUUCCGCAUGGUGCAAACCAACUCGGACAUUGCCCAAGUGAAGAGCCUGCAGUGGUGCCCGCUGCCCCGCCAGCUCAUCGCAGCCGGCGUCGGCGCUGGCAAGGUCAUCUUGUCCGACUUUAGCCAGACCGUCGUCGAGCUCAUGCCAUCGCGGACGUCCGGGAGCUCGACCAACCUUCUGCAGCCCAUGACGGGCCUCAAGUCGUCGCGGCCGUCGAUGCACACGCCGAUUGCGUGCAAUACCGUCGCAUGGAACCCGCACAACCCGACGCAGAUCGCCGCCGGGUUCGAGAAGGUCCGCGUCGACUCCUGCGCGUUCGUGUGGGACCUCACAACGCAAACACCCAUGACAUCGCUCGCCGCGGGCCCGAUCCUCGCCGAUCCCUUACACUACGAGCCCAAGCAAAACCAUUUCCAGAGCCGGUCCGGCGCCGGCUUUUCGUUUUUUACCAAGCCCAUGAUCACGCACGAGUUGUCGCACUCGGAGGCGAUCGUGGCCAUGGCGUGGCUGCCCUCGGACCCAUCGUACCUCGCGACGGGUACCGGCUUCAAAUGGCUGCGCAUCUACGACCUGCGCACCAAGACAACGCCCAUGGUCGUGUCGGCGCACACCAAAGGGGUCUACGGCGUUGUGUUUGAUACGCACCGCCCGCACAUCCUCGCCACGUACAGCGACGACCCGAAAGAGCCGGUGAAAGUGUGGGACAUCCGCUCGAUCCGACAGGGCGACGCGCCGGAGCCGCUCGUGUCCAUCUACCCGAGCGGCAAAGCGAUUACGCAGAUCGCGUGGUCGCCGACCAAGCCCGGGAUUCUCGCGACCACGACCUCGGACGACCGGUCGAUCUCGCUCUGGGACGUCGACCAGCCGUCGGGCUCGCUGCGCAAGCCGAUCAAGCGGCGGUCGACCAAGGAGCCCGUGUUUGCGUUCUCGUGGCGGGCGGUCACGAACGCCGACGUCGUCGCCAACCCGGACCGCCUCGUGACAGCCUCCAUCACGGGCAAGCUCGAGAACGUCUCGAUCCACGACACGAUGCCCUUGGCGCUGGCGUCGACGGGGCAGCUCGGCUUUGGCUGCGGCAAGUUCCUCUUUGCCGACGCCUCGGGGGUGCCGGAACGCCGGGGCCACGACGAUAUCGCAGCGCGCAUGGUGCGCCGCGUCAAGGCUGGCUACUCGAUGAACGUGCUCACGUCGCUGCAGAUCUUUGUCAAGGAAGACAACCGGGAUCUGCGCUUUGUCUGGAUGUGGGUCGAGCAAGUCGAGGCGCUGCGUCGACAUGCGAUUGCCACCUUGGACAUGCACAGCCAAGACGCGCGCGGGCUCUUGACAUCGAGCUUGCACCGCGGUCCGCUCCGUGCGUGGCCGAUCGACGCGCAGGCGCUCAUGAACGCGGGCGUUCAACACCUCCUCGGUCUCUCGAAAGCACCGUCGCUCUCGAGCUCGUCCAUGGAGACGUCGAUGCGCGAUCCGAACCUCGGCUGCCUCGUGUACGACAGCCUCGGGCGACGCACCGCGCUCCUCGCGUGCCAAUGGGACCCCGAGUGCGGGCUUGGCCUCAACGCAUCGGCCAUGCCGCGCACGAAGCUCAACAACGGGUCCUGGGCCUCCCUCAACGAAGACCAUAUGGACGACCCGCCCCUCGCAUCGUCCUUGCCGUCGCUCUCGUCGCUGCUUGCGCAGUGCGAGGCAACGCACGACUAUGACCGCGCAGCGGCGCUCGCUGUCUUCCACGGCGACCUCCUCGCGGCCGUCUCGGUGCUCCAGCGGGGCGCCGACUCGGACCCGCACCGCGAUGUGCGGCAGCUUGUCGCCAUGGCGAUCGCCGGCUACUCGGUGAACGGCCCGACGACAAAUGCGCUCUGGGGCUCGAUGAUUCUGCAGCUCCUCAAGCGUCAAGAGCUCCAAUCGACCGCUGCGCCCCGGUAUCUCCACGCGCUCUGUUCGUUUUUGAGCACGGCCAAGGACCUCGCCGCGUCGACGUCGACGCCAUUGCAUCGACCGCCGAAAAACAACGUGGCUUCCCACCUCCGGCGCAACUCGAGCGCGUCGUUCAUGCCCGUUGUCGACGACGGGCCGCCGCUCUUCGCCGCCAUCUUGCACGACGAGACCUUGCUGCUCUCGGACCGGACAGCGUUUGCCUGUCGGUUCCUUCCGCUGGAUGCGCUCACGCGAUUCAUUGACACGUGCGUCGAGCGCUGCGUGCACGAAGGCAACCUCCAGGGGCUCCUCCUCAUCGGCCUCGACCCGACCUUGCUCCAAGAGUACCUGGAUCGAACGGGCGAUAUCCAGACGAUUGCGCUCCUCGCGGCGCGCGUCGUGCCGAGCGAGUACCCGAUGAUGACGACGUGGAUUUCGCUCUACCGCGACCUGCUCAACCAAUGGCAGCUCUUCCACGAGCGCGCGCUCUUUGAUGUGGGCCGGGCCCAGCUCAUGGACCAGCUCACGGCACUCUCGGCGCCCGACGGAAGCAACGCGCCGGCGCCACUGGCCCUUCCGCAGCCACAAAUGUAUGUUCGCUGCAAUUUCUGUGGCUCUUCGCUCGCGCUCUCGUCGCUGCUCCGCGUCGGCAACGGCGACUGGCUCGUCAAGGCCAAGCCGAAACUCAACAACUGCCCGAGUUGCAAGAAGCCAUUACCGCAGUGCGCGCUCUGCUUGCUGCCGUUUGGCGCGCUCAACCCGUACUUGGAGCUCGCGCUUCGGAAAGGCGACAAGCUCAAAGCGGAGCAUGAAAACAACAGCAGCCACGCCGACAGCCUCGCCGACCUCUCGAGCAUCCCGUUCGCAGAGUGGUUUACGUGGUGCCAGACGUGCAAGCACGGCGGCCACGCCCACCACAUGACAGACUGGUUCGCCGCCCACGACGUGUGCCCUGUCUCGGACUGCGACUGCCCCUGCAAGCAGCUCGAUGGGCCCGUGACGCGCCCGACAACAGCGUUUGCAUCGACGUCGACGCCCAAGUCGCCCGUCCUCACUGCGCAGCCAACUGAUUACGCUGCCAUGCUCGAGCAGCAACUCCAAGGUUGA